GAGGCACGUGUCUCCUCGGUCCAGUCACGUGAAGAUCCACGUGCCUUUACUCUGAGCUUGAGCCUUAGUAGUUUUUCGUGGUUCUCUCCCUGUCCUAUAAAUUUGAGAGCCUGUAUCUUACAUCCUAGACACACAGUAGUGACUAGCUCAUUCAUUACAAUUCAUCACCCCAGCCACCAACCCUUUUUUCAUGCCAAACCACGAAUUUGCUUCUAAUUUUCAUGCCAAACCCUUUCUUCUUUCUUUUGAGAGAGACGCAAUCCGCUCCUCUAUCUUACUGGCUAGAUCAAUUCCUUUCUAUUAAUUUGCUUCUUUCUCAAUUUGUACAUGCCUUCGAUCUUAUAGACAUACAUAUAUCUCCUAAACUGCACAUAGAGAUUUAAAAAAAAAGAACAAGUUACAAGUAGAAUUUUUUUGGCAAGAAUCGAAGAAAGUGAGUGAGAGAAAAGAAUCUUCAUCUUUCUGCAUGUUGCGUACAGAAUCUUUAAAGCGAAAUCCUGCUCACGUUAACCCACGACGCUGUUCCAAGAUUUUGUUCUCUUCUCUGGAGCUUCCCAACAUUCUUCCUUUCCCUCAUCCACCACCCCCACUACCCAAUAACUCAUCAUCAUCGUACGCCACACACAUGACAUGCAUGUAUCUUCAUUAAUUCCUUAGCGAAACCACACGUACUCUAGCUUGUGGGGUAGUUUUUAAUUAGUUAUUCUUAUCUUGUUCAAUUCAUGGCUGUCAACAACAACAAGCUUGUUCUGUUAACAUUCGCCAUAUGCCGUUUAAUAGUAACUGUGGGAUUAACGGUGGUCCCGGAGCUGCUCGAUGUGGGACUCCAGGGUCGUCUCAGCGUGGACACGUGGGAACUGGAGGCGGCUUCGGUGGAUUUCGGGAGGCUGAGUCGAGGGGAGCCUUCGGAGGUAGUGCACCCUGCCACGGCGGAGGAUGUGGCUAGGGUGGUGAAGGCGGCGUUCGAGUCUCCGUUCGCCGUGUCAGCGAGGGGGCACGGGCAUUCGAUAAACGGGCAAGCCAUGAUAAAAGAGAAGAAAGGAGUGGUGAUUGAAAUGGGAAAAAGUGAUAGUGGUGAGGAUGGUAGUAGUAUUAGAGUGAGUGAGAAAGGAAUGUAUGUGGACGUGUGGGGUGGGAAGUUGUGGAUAGAUGUUUUGAGUGCAACAUUGGAGUAUGGGCUGGCUCCCAUGUCUUGGACCGAUUACUUGUAUUUGUCUGUGGGUGGAACCCUAUCCAACGCUGGAAUUAGUGGACAAACCUUCAAUCACGGUCCUCAGAUCACCAAUGUUUAUGAGCUCGAUGUCGUUACAGGAAAGGGUGAGCUGGUGACAUGUUCAGAAGAUCGUAACUCGGAGUUGUUCCAUGCUGUUCUAGGUGGUCUUGGACAAUUUGGAAUCAUCACAAGGGCUAGAAUUGCUCUCGAACCAGCUCCUCACAGAGUUCGGUGGAUACGAGUACUGUAUUCGAAUUUUGCAAGGUUUUGUAAGGACCAGGAGUAUCUGAUAUCUCUGCAUGGGAAAGCAGCAAGGGAGAGAUUCGACUAUGUGGAGGGUUUCGUGAUAGUUGAUGAAGGGCUGAUCAAUAAUUGGAGGUCUUCGUUCUUUUCAGCUAGUAACCCAGUUAAAAUCACUUCCCUCAACGCUGACGGAGGUGUUUUGUACUGCUUGGAGAUUACCAAAAAUUACGACCAAGGAAACGCAGAUUCUGUUGAUGAGGAAAUACAAGCUCUAUUGAAAAAGUUAAAUUUUAUACCAACAUCGGUUUUCACAACGGACUUGCCUUACGUGGAUUUUCUGGAUCGUGUACAUAAGGCAGAGCUGAAGCUUAGAUCCAAGGGUUUAUGGGAUGUACCUCAUCCGUGGCUCAACCUUUUUGUUCCAAAAUCAAGGAUAGGGGACUUCGACAAGGGUGUGUUCAAGGGCAUUCUUGGAAAUAAGACAAGUGGACCUAUCCUCAUAUACCCUAUGAACAAAAACAAGUGGGACCAGCGAAGCUCGGUGGUGACACCAGAAGAGGAUGUGUUUUACCUGGUGGCAUUUCUAAGAUCGGCAUUGGAUACUGAGACGCUGGAGUACCUGACUAAUCAGAACCGUCAAAUUCUGAAAUUCUGCCAUGAUAUAGAGAUCAAGGUAAAACAAUACCUGCCCCAUUACACUACGCAGCAGGAGUGGAUGGACCACUUUGGUGAUAAGUGGCCCCAGUUCAAUGCUAGGAAGAUGCAAUUCGAUCCCCGCCGAAUCUUAGCCACAGGCCAGCAAAUUUUUCAGUUUCAUCCCUCACUCACCCUCAAUAUGUAGAACAAACAUGCAAAAUGGAUAAAUAAUCUUGGGUUCAUGUUGAGUAGCAAGUGCUGUAUUAUUGUAAUUAGGAAAUACAAGGAGGAUCAUGGCUAAAAAAGAAUUAGAAGGAUGUAGUUGUAGUGCACUAGUGAAGGAUCAAGAGUUGUUGAGGUGUUGUUAUCUGAGGGUAAUAAAAUUGAUGAUGGAGUUGGAUUUUUGUUAUGUAAUGGGGUCUUGUAGCAAAUUAAGUAAGGAACCCAAUAAGGAUUAGGCCCAAAGAAUAUAAGGAGUGGUGGGGCCCGCUUUGGAGGAGGAAAAGGGCAAUGCGCAAGUGCACAUGAGCACCGCCCGUCUGGUUUGGCUGUCUCGUUUUUCAAUAUAGAUAUCUUUUAUUACCCAUCCAAAUUCCUCGUACAUAUAAUUCUUCUAGAUGUAUUAGUCUGUAUGUUUAUUUCAAAUGGAAACAUUUAAUCAGUGACUCCUUAUAAAACAUAAUCAACGGCAUUUAUGAAUAAA